AUGGCUCCGCCACGAGGACAGGCAUCCUAUAAGAAACAGCCGGGUAUAUUGGCCAUAUCUAAAGACCGCAAAUCUGUAUCAUGGACUCCAGCUCAACCACCGGAUGCCGCUCCCAGUCUGGUAUUGUCGGCAGUCAACAUCACCAAUUUGCAACAGACGCCAGAAUCCAGUGCCAAAGUCAUGCUGAAAAUUUUUGCACAGGAUCCCGGUCAAGCUGAGCCCAUAGCUUAUGUCUUCACGUUCACCUCUACCAAUGAUCCUCGAGGCGAGGCGAACGCCAUCAAAGACGCUUUGGCCAAUGUCAUUCAAGCACAGAAAGCGGCUCAAAAUGUGGCAACUGCUUCUACCGGCGGCCAAUCUGCUGCUAUGACCAUAGCGAAUGCUAUUUCGGGGGCCGGUCGAACGAGUAGUGUCUGGGAGGACGAUGAGCGACUAAAGGGAGAUGUCAAACUUCAGCAAUCUCUAAUGCAAGAAGACCCGGUCUUGCAAAGAACGUUCAUGGAAGCCCUGAGCCUGAAGCCGGAGUCUAUCUCGACUAUGCAAUUCACUGCGCAAUUCUGGUCCUCUCGAGUCCACCUGCUGCGUGCACACGCUAUCGCUCAAAAUCAAGGGAGGGGCAAAUACAACGUCUUCUCAGAACUUCGUCGUGAAGAUGGAGGCACAAAGCUGAGCUUGACGCAAGACCACGUGCGUGCCAUUUUUGAGCAGUAUCCGGUCAUGCGCAUGAUCUACGAUGAAGUCGUUCCCAAAAAAUGCAAAUCCGAAGUGGAAUUCUGGUCUCGGUUCUUUCAAAGUCAGUUGUUCAUGAAACUCCGCGGUCUCAAAUUCGACCCAUCGAAGGAGUCUCGGGAUAAGUAUCUGGAUACAGAGGAAUUCCUCAACCACCCCGACCUUACUGGUCUUCGAACGGCAUUUUCCGAAAUGCACAUUCCCAAAUUCAUUGAUUUGGAAGGAAAUGAAGAAAACCAUAGCCAACGCCAGGGUAAUCGUCCCGAUAGCGAAUUACGAGCCACGACACUCGACAAGGCGCCGAUUAUACGCAAACUCAACGCACUAAGUGAAAAGCUCAUGGCAGCCGUGAGACCGUCGGAUGCUGAUGCUUCUGCUCCGAUUGGGAUGUCGGAAGCCGCGUAUGACAGUCUCCGGCUACAUGAUCUAGCAGGUGAUCCAGAACAAAACCGCAUCAUCCUGAACAUCCGGGAUCAAAGCCGAUUCUUCUCUGACAGUCACUCUGCUCAGGGCCGCAACAAUGGAGACGAUAGCAAUCCAUUUCGAAGCCUCGAUCCUACCAAAGCUAUCAAAGACGUCUACAGCGACAUUGUGGCCCGCUUCCCGCAACCGGGCUCAGGGGUGAUUCCAAUUGAUCCGUACGAAGCUGAAGACGAGGAAAUGGAAGAUGAAUGCUCACGGCCAGAAAGUGGCUCUUCCAUCGCCAUGAAACACAUCAUUUCCCUCAUCCAAGCGCGUAAAGACCAAACGUCCGAGAUCCCACAGGCCUCGGGCCUCAGCACGGCCAUAUACGACCGCUUAACCCUCGCUCAAGCCACAACAAUCGAGUUCUUGCGUCAGUUCUGGAAUGCUUUUCUAUCUGGCGACGCAUCUCGAGCAGGCGAAGUGACUUCGCUAGUCGAAAGCCUCAAUCGCGCGCUCGAUCGGAUUAAUGUCAUUGCGGAUGACGCGGAGAAGGAGAGACAGGAACAUAUUCGUUCUCAAGAGCGGAAUUUGGAAGAACGAUUCAAAAAGACUGGGCGGCGGCAUAGGCUCGACCAUAACGCUAUCAAAGGCGGUGGUGCGGUGGUGAAACAAUUACUCAGUCCGAUCAUCAAGAGCCUUGCAAUUGCCGUGCAGAGAUAUAAGCAGGCGUUCGAAGAGCAGACGAAAAGCGCGGGAGAGUCAUGA